UAUAGCGCCGAAGCACAAACUCACUCCAUCAGUUUAUAGCGCUAUGGUGAUAAAAGAGCAUGGUCUUGGAGCUCCAGAUGCAAUCACAUAUUCUGGACCUACGUAUCCAAAAGUUAUCCUGUUCGCUGUUAAACAUUUCAUCGAUAAUGAUCUAGAUGCCAUAUUUGUAAUGACGAAUGCUCCUGGUCGAAGCGCGUACAAUAGAGUGGAACGUAAAAUGGCGCCUUUGAGCGCCCAGCUGGCUGGAUUGAUUCUACCAAGCGACACAUUCGGAACUCACUUGAACGGGAGAGGUGUCACCGAAGAUAAAAACCUUGAACUGAAAAAUUUCAGAGCUGCCGGAGAAGUACUUGCAAAAGUAUGGAGCUCUCUGAUUAUCGAUGACUUUGAGGUCAUCGCCGAGUUCAAGGAGCCUAAAGAAGAUUCCAAACUACCGUCACAACCUGAUUCUCAUUGGUAUAGUGUCCAUGUUCGCGAAUCGCAAUACGCAUUGCAAAUAGUGAAAUGUAACAAUCGAGCUUGCUGUAAACCGUUGCGCAGCAAUAUCUUAAAUAUCCUACCCGACAGAUUCUUACCAUCACCGUGCCCAUUAAUACAAACUUCUGAUGGGUUAUUAAUUCCAGAUGUGAAAAACGUUAAGCCUACGGAUCAAUUCCUACCGUUGUUCCAAAAUUUAGCGCUGAAGAUUGGUCGACCCACGCCUUCGAAAACUAAUGUUGUGCCAUAUGAUAUGUUUUGUCCCUCAGUCCUAGCAGACCUACCGGCGCGGAUUUGUGAUGUAUGUGGAUUGUAUUUCGCUUCAAAGAAAAGUGUAGAUCAUCAUUCGAAGGCAGUUCAUGGAAAUGCGCGCCAGAGACGGAAUGAAGGUAGUCGGUCGAUAUGUGCAAAAGGCCGGCGAGGAAAAGAAAUACUAUGCUUGGUUCAAGACAACCAAACCGGAGGCGAAGAUGUUGAGUGGAUGGAUGAAACCGAUGUUGAUGUCGAUGUACCUGGUGAAGUAUUUGAAAGUUCAUGCAAUGCUGAAAUUCAGCCGGCUAAUGAGUGGGCUAAAAAUGAGUUCACCGCUGAUGAUUAGUAACCAACCUGGAAGCGAAUGAAGUUUGUUUUACUUGCUGAUUUUAAGCUGUUUCUGUAGAAAUUACAGAUCGUUAUGUUUUUAAAAUGUGAAUAUAAAACGUGAAUAAAAUGUAUUUUUUGUUAAUUUUUCAUCUACAAUCGUUGAUUUCCUAAAAAAAUCGUCAUUUCAGUUCGUGCACUCUAGAAAAAAAAAAUCAUUGAAAUAGUAAG